AUGAUUAUAAUGCCCCCAGGAUGCGAGAAGGUUAUCUCAAAAGCGCAGAUGAGAAAAGGCAAGGCUGAACAAGUCGAUGAAGCAUCUGCUCUUAUUGACGAAGAGGAGAAGGAAGAAGCUGCGUCAGGCUGUGCAAUUCCAUCCAGCACUCACUCCAGCACUCACUCCAACACUCACUCCAACACUCACUCUAGCACUCUCACCACUCUCUCCGGCACUCUCACCACUCUCUCCGGCACUCACUCCAACACUCAUUCCAGCACUCACUCCAGCACUCACUCCAGCACUCACUCCAGCACUCACUCUAGCACUCACUCUAGCACUCACUCUAGCACUCACUCUAGCACUCACUCCAACACUCACUCCAGCACUCACUCUAGCACUCUCACCACUCUCUCCGGCACUCACUCCAACACUCACCCCAACACUCACUCCAAUACUCACUCCAAUACUCACUCCAACACUCACUCCAACACUCACUCCAACACUCACUCCAACACUCACUCCAGCACUCACUCCAGCACUCACCCUAGCACUCUCACCACUCUCUCCGGCACUCACUCCAACACUCACCCCAACACUCACUCCAAUACUCACUCCAACACUCACUCUAGCACUCUCACCACUCUCUCCGGCACUCUCACCACUCUCUCCGGCACUCACUCCAACACUCAUUCCAGCACUCACUCCAGCACUCACUCUAGCACUCACUCUAGCACUCACUCCAGCACUCACUCUAGCACUCACUCUAGCACUCACUCUAGCACUCACUCCAGCACUCACUCUAGCACUCACUCUAGCACUCUCACCACUCUCUCCGGCACUCACUCCAACACUCACCCCAACACUCACUCCAAUACUCACCCCAACACUCACUCCAAUACUCACCCCAACACUCACUCCAAUACUCACUCCAACACUCACUCCAACACUCACUCCAACACUCACUCCAACACUCACUCCAACACUCACUCCAACACUCACUCUAGCACUCUCACCACUCUCUCCGGCACUCUCACCACUCUCUCCAGCACUCACUCCAACACUCAUUCCAGCACUCACUCCAGCACUCACUCCAGCACUCACUCCAGCACUCACUCUAGCACUCACUCUAGCACUCACUCCAGCACUCACUCCAGCACUCACUCCAGCACUCACUCCAGCACUCACUCCAGCACUCACUCCAGCACUCACUCCAGCACUCACCCCAACACUCACUCCAAUACUCACCCCAACACUCACCCCAAUACUCACCCCAACACUCACUCCAAUACUCACUCCAACACUCACUCCAACACUCACUCCAACACUCACUCCAACACUCACUCCAACACUCACUCUAGCACUCUCACCACUCUCUCCGGCACUCUCACCACUCUCUCCAGCACUCACUCCAACACUCAUUCCAGCACUCACUCCAGCACUCACUCCAGCACUCACUCCAGCACUCACUCUAGCACUCACUCUAGCACUCACUCCAGCACUCACUCCAGCACUCACUCCAGCACUCACUCCAGCACUCACUCCAGCACAAGAGUAUGGUAG